AUGCAAAUUCUCGCCAAAGCUAUGGCCAAAUCAGACGCAGAACAAAUUGAGUACCAAGAUACAUCGGCCAAGGGGGCCGAGCUUGAACAGGAUGCGCUCUAUCAAGCAUAUGCCUCGAAAAGUUCUGAGUGGAAUCAGAAGAUGAGUCGUACCCUUUUGCGGAAGGUGGACUUGCAUCUUUUGCCUUUCUUGAUUUUGAUGUAUCUGCUUAAUUUCUUGGAUCGCAACAAUCUCUCACAAGCGCGCCUUGGAUCUCUCGAAAAGGAUCUAGGGAUGAAAGGCACCGACUACAACUUGGCUACGAGCAUCCUCUUUGUGGGAUAUUUACUGAUGCAACUCCCGUCUAAUCUUCUUCUUACUCAAAUUCGGCCUUCACUGUUUCUGGGAAUUGCUAUGGCUAUUUGGGGUGUCAUUUCGGCUUGCCAGGCAGCCGUCCAAUCAUUCACAGGACUGGUUGUUACACGAUUCUUCCUUGGCUUUGUUGAAGCCCCAUUUUUCCCGGGUGCUGUUAUGUUAAUGUCGAGUUGGUACACCAGAAAAGAAUUGAGUGUCCGCAUCGCAUGGUUCUACGCAGGUAGCUCGCUGGCGAAUGCUUUUGGUGGAUUGAUUGGCGCUGGUGUUCUGGGUAACCUGGAUGGCGCCCAUGGCCUUGCCGGGUGGCGUUGGCUAUUCAUCAUCGAGGGCAGCAUCACCACUGGAAUAUCACUUCUGGCGGCUAUCUUCCUCCCAAAUUACCCUGCCACUACUUCGUGGCUGGACCCCCAGGAGCAAGCAUAUGCUCAAUGGCGGUUGAUUGAUGAUGCCGGCGAAGCCGAUGACGCGAGCACCAGUAGCAUCAAGGAAGCCCUAGCUAUGGUAUUUCGCGACAAGCGUAUAUACCUGUUCAUUUUAUUGCAGCAUACUUCUCUCCUAUCCCAGAACUUCCAAUACUUUUUCCCGACCAUCGUGCAAACUCUUGGACACAACAACAUCGAGACUUUGUUAAUCACCGCACCGGUCUGGAUUGCCACUUUCUUCGUCUCCCUCUUCGUCACCUGGACGUCCGGCAAGACAGACGAUCGCAGCUGGCACAUCAUUUGCUUGAUGAUGAUCAGUGUAGUCGGAGGUGUCAUUUGUACCGCAACAACAAAUACCGGCGCAAGAUUCUUCGCCAUGUUCUUGAUGCCAAUGGGUGCCGUGUCCGCAUACCAGAUCAUCCUUGCCUGGGUCGCGAAUUCAUUCCCCAGACCCUUGGUCAAGCGGUCUGCUGCGAUUGCACUUGCCAAUAUGAUUGGAAACACAGCUUCAAUCUACGGGAGCUACAUGUGGCCAGACUCAUCCGGUCCCAGAUACCUUCCUGGAGGGAUAGCGACUGCUGUAAUCGCUUUACUAGUUGCUGUCAUAGCCCUCGUUAUUCGUCUCGUUCAUAUGAAGAUGAACAAGAGACUGGAAGAGGCGGAAUCAUCGCAAGAUAUUCCCUCUGUGGAUUCUAGUGACCUGGACAGCCGCGUUAUUAGAUUCCGUUAUAUUCUAUAA